AUGCUACUAUGUAUCAAACAAGCAGACCAGGAUGGAGCGCGUGGUCGAGUUGGAUAUGGAAUCCAGACUACCAGCAAUAUUAUCGCCACAGAGAAGACGCUGCCGGUGUGCAACUCGGAUAUUCAAUGGCAGAGCGAAUUUGAGUCUGCUCAGAAUAGAGAGGUCCCCCGAACCCCUGUGCAAGUCCCUGCACAAGUUCAACAGAUGGACCAGGUGGACCAGAUGACCCAGCAGUUUGGUUCAGUCAACAUACAGAGCCCUGAACAAGCGGCUGGAGACGAGCACGACAAUAAUGAAUAUGUCACGGGCGGCUCAUCGUCGAGAGUAAAAUCCAAAUCAUCGAGGUCGCAUAGCAGUUCAUCAAAGUCGAAAUCGAAACCGUCCAAGUCCUCUAGUGGGAAAGGCAAGGCACCCGCUCAGGAAGCCAUUGACGAGGUUGAUGAACACGGUUAUGAAAAUCGUCAUAGCCAACGGAGACCAUCUGCAUCUACAACCACUCAGCAAACAGAACAAACCUAUUAUGACCCGAAUACUGGCCAAUAUUACACAUAUCCACAACCUACUCAAGGAGAUCCUGCAUCCAACCAGCCCUAUCCAAGCGGCUCAGCCGAGGGGGAAGACCCAGAGCUUCAGGCAGCCCUUGCUCAAAGUCGAAAGUAUUCGCGAGAUCAAUACCGGGGUGGCGAGUCGUCAUCGGCUGCAUACACCCCCUAUGCUCAAGACGAGGAAGAUGACCCUGGGCCAGCCGUGGCCUCCACCAAUCAAGAGCACAUUGUAGGCACUGGCGGUGAAACAGAGACUCUGGAUCCACGGUAUCGUGUUGCACAGUCUCAUAUGUUCCAACCCGGCGAGGUCUUCAAAGUCCUCUGGCCAGAACCAGCAGGAGGAGGCAGUGUAGUUGAAGAAACAGUCUAUCGCGAUCGAUAUGGCGGUCAAAUAUUUGUUCAUUUUCGUCGGUUCAUCGUGGUCGCAAACGAUCGUGGCCACUGCACUUGCAUACCUAUCUCUACGUAUGGUAAAAAGGGCUGUAAAAAGAGUGGCGUCAAGGCUGAACAACACGGAAUUGUUGUUGAAAGUAGCAAUCGAAACCCUACUGCCCUACCUGGCGAGCCAGAGCUUGGAUAUCCUCCUGUUCGUGUGCACAUCCACGAGCCGGAUGAGCGAAUCGCAAAAGAGUCUCGAGUUAAUUACUCAAAACUCACGACGGUGGAACAUAACGUCAAAGUGCUCUUCAUCGGUCGAGUGGUGACCUCAGAUUGGGAUACUGUCACCGAAGCGGUCAACAAUAGCUGGGCGAAGAAGACGCAUGUAAAGAAGAAGCAUCGCAGAUGA